AUGGCAGAGCCAGAUUUGUACUUUGAAAAGUUUUUAGGAGAAGGUUCAUUUAGUUCGUGUUAUGGAACCAGAGUGAAAGAGAUAUUCAACGACGAUGGUCACGUAGAGUUCAAGAUUCCUAUGGAGUACGCAUCUGGAGGAAGCUUGAGGAGUUUCAUGGACAGAUUCAAAGACAGGAAGUUGCCUGAUCCGAUGAUCAGAGACUUUACUCGUAUGCUCCUCGAGGGUUUAGCCACGAUUCACGGACAAGGCUAUGUUCACUGCGAUCUCAAACCGGGAAACAUCCUUGUUUUCCCGAGUUGUGUCUACAAGAACGGCAAGUCAAAAGCGUCUUAUGAAUUGAAGAUUUCUGAUUUCGGGAUGUCGAAAAGAGACGGAGACAGUAACUGGUGGCAACCUCAUCGUCCGUUUGCGGGAACACCGAUCUAUAUGUCUCCUGAAUCGGUUUCUUACGGCGAGACAAGGACCGGACUUGAUUUAUGGUCGUUGGGAUGUGUUGUGUUGGAGAUGUACACUGGGAAGAGACCAUGGUGGCAUAAAAACUACUACUUGAAGUAUCUCAAGAACGGCUACACGCCACUUAUUCCGAGAGAUCUUCCUUGUGAUGCAAGACUCUUUGUCAUGGCUUGCUUCGCAUUGGAGGUAGAAGAGAGGAAAGACGCAUUGACAUUGUUGAGGCAUAGAUUCUUGCAUGGAUAUGUCAAUAAGAUCAUAGAGCCUCCGGUGAAUGUGACGAAGACUGAGAAUCCGAAGAACAUUGCUCUGGAAUUGGAGAAAAUUAGACAGAGGCUUUCGGAAAUUAGGUCUAUACUGUCUAUUUGUGUAUAUAUAGACUCGUGUGGAAUUCAAGUCUAG